AUGAUCUCUGGAGGUCACCUAAUAGCUACACUUUAUUUGAUACACACUGGAAGCUGCGAUUCGCCCUUUUCAUCCGAAUACCGCGAUAUGCAAUUGCUACUUAUCCCCUGCCUACUGCCGCUUCUAUCUUUUAAGUGUUGCUUACAGCUAAUGCAAGCGAUUAUUUACCUUCUGUUAAAUAAUAGCUUUGCUCUGAGAAAUGCUUGGUGA